AUGGCCGCCGUCGCUCCAAUUCCCGGUCAACUAAACCAGGAGAACAGCGAUGAUGAACCUUCGCCCGACGAGGAGAGACAAGUGACGCCGUUCAGCAUUCACGACGUGCUCAAAAAGGAAAGAGAAACCAGUCCAGAGAAUGUCUUCGCCACGGAUAAACUCCUCCAAAGCACUCCGAACUUCAAAGACGCCUCGAACCCUGAAAGCCUACGAUUGGACGACACAGAGAUAAGUGUUGAUGAUAAUUCGUGCAGCAGCAAUGACACAGUAUUGUCUGUGGGUAAUGAGAACCCAGUAAAUGAUGAGCUGUCCUUCAAACACAUACAAACCCACCUAAACGCCAUAUCACAGUUGAGUCACUUUAACACACCCUUGCUCCUACGACCGAAUCCCAUACCGAUGUUCUUGAACCAGUCAUUCUAUCCACAAGUCAAAUACCAGCAGAACGAAGAGAGAAGAGAGGACACGUACAGAAGGGAACAGAAGGAGGAUAGAGAUUUUAAUCCAAACCUGAAGUUUAGUAUCGAUAACAUUUUGAAAGCGGAUUUUGGUAGACGUAUAACUGAUCCGCUGAAGAUUAGGAAAAAGAGGUUCGAGGGGAAGAAGGAGUUUAAGGAGAUCAGUCAGGUUCGACAGGAGGUCAGGCAGGAGGUGAGACAGGAGGUUAGAGCAGAUGUUAAGGAAAAGGGGGCGAUAGAUUUGUCUAAAGCAGAUGGCAGUCCGGCGUCCAGUGGAGGUUAG